AUGAAAGUGCACAUUGUGGUCCGCUUUUCGGACGCCGGCGCCGGCGCCGGCCAGCAGCCGGACUUGUGCAUCCCCCUCCUGAUCUCCCUCGGGCGGGACGACGUCAACAAACUCGUCAACUCGCUGUGGCUCAAACUCAUGAUCCGCAGCAAGGUGGACGCCACCAGCCGGCGGCGGCUCCGGUUGAUCUACAACGGGCGCAUUCUCAACGACGAGACGGACUUCCAGGCCGAGGUCUUUGGGCCCAAGUUGCGGCAGCUCCGCCAAACACCGCAGCCCGCGGAGCCCCAAGAGCCCUUGCAAAUAUACGUGCACUGCCUCGUCGGCGAGCACAUGACCCGCGAGCAGCUUGCCCGUGAAAAGGACUUGGACCGGCGCGCCCAAACACACACCAGCGAUGCGCCGGUGGUGGGGUUUGACCGCCUCUUGCUGCAGGGCAUGGAUGCGCUGGAUGUGGCCGACUUGCGCCGCCAGUUCCAGCAGAUCUACCUCCCGGCAAACACGCCCAACCACACCGGCGUGGCCGACGUCGAGGAGGACGAGGACCGCCAGCGGCUUGUUCGCGAGCUCGAGGAGCGGUGGCUAGAGUCCACCAUGGACAGCACCAAUGGCCGUCCUGCGCGCCCCCACAGCGGCACGUAUGAUCCGGAGGCCGGCGACGCGCAGCCCAACUUGGCGGAGCGCGCCGCGGCCGAGUUGGAGGGCACGCAUCACAACGAGCACCUUCUCUUGGGGCUUCUCCUCGGCACGUUUCUCGGUGCCGUGGCGCUCGUGUUUCUCCUCAUGGACGACACGCUGUUCAACGACGCGCAGAAAAUGGCCAUGGUGCUUGGCGUGUGCAUCAAUCUCUUCAUUGCGUUCAUGCGCGUGGGCUCUGAGUACGGCGCCUAG